GGCGACUGCCCCGCGGGGCGUUCCUGCAGCCGGACGCAGCCGUUCCGCGGGACGCAGGCAGCGGGCAGAUCGGGGCUUUUCCUGGCGCGGAGGGAGAUCGGCACAAGGAUCACGGGCAUCCCCCGGCUGCCAGAGGGAUAGUGGCUGUUGGACCGAGGCAGAGGCCGUCGCUGCGGGCCCGGUGUUGGCGCUCGGAUUACGGGGUGGCAGCGAAUGACCUGUUGCUUCGAGGGCCCUCAGGCCAUGAUGAAAUCCCACAAUGCCAUUUUGAGAGGGUGAGGUGAAGGGGGAGAAAAGGGCAAUAAAAAAUGGCCAAGCAAACAGCCGUGACGAUUACUUUGGCGACCCUGCUGGGUGUUGCACUGGGGGGCCUGGUUUUGUGGAAAGCGACCCAGCGUCGGAAAGGAAAAACACACUGUAGUAGUCAGCAAGAGGAAGCAACAGUGAAGUCUGGAGAUGAGAAACUCAUUAAGGCAGAGGAUAAGAAGGUGCUUUCCUUCCUCAAAUCUCCCACCUUUUUCUGGUUAGAGAGGACCCUUGGUGCAGACAUAGUAGUAGUUUCAGUGCAGGAGGAGUGGGAUCAUGUUGAGCCAUUGCUGAAGAAGGAGCUGGAGAAGUGGCCGGUUCUUGGAAUUGACUGUGAGUGGGUGUCUGUGGAGGGAAAAGCAAAUCCUGUAUCCCUGUUACAGAUGGCUUCUUCCAGUGGCCUCUGCAUUCUUGUUCGGUUGCCCAGGCUUGUUGCCAGUGGCCAGACUCUUCCAAAGACCCUGUUGGACAUCAUGGCAGAUAGUGCUGUGUUGAAAGUUGGAGUAGGAUGCUGGGAAGAUGCUUGCAAAUUGCUUCAUGAUUAUGGCCUUCCAGUCAAAGGGAGCAUGGAUCUCCGGUAUUUAGCCAUGAGACAGCGGAAGGAUCUACUUCACAACUGCCUUAGCCUUAAGUCUUUAGCAGAAAAAGUCCUGAACUUCCCACUUGACAAGUCUCCUCAUGUGCGUUGCAGCAACUGGGAAGCAGAAGAACUGACACAAGAUCAGGUUCUCUAUGCUGCUAGGGAUGCCCAGGUCUCAGUGGCUCUGUUCUUUCAUUUGCUGGGAUUUGCCAGCCUCCCUGAUACAUCUGAAGGUGAAAACUCUCUCACUAAUUGGGAGAAAGUACAGGGUAAAUGCCAGGGCUUGGUGGAUAUCCCAUUUAGAGGAAGGAAGAGUGGCAGCACAGGAGAGGAGAAGAGUGGAGAGGUACGUUCCCCUCAGAAAACAAAGAAUCGGAAAUCUUGGGUGAAUGGCCAGCCCCCUGGCAAUCAGCAAAUGAGAGAUCCACGGAGACAGAAGCGAAAGCCUCUGGGUGUGGGAUAUUCUGCACGAAAAUCCCCAUUGUAUGACAACUGCUUCCUGCAUGCACCAGAUGGACAGCCCCUGUGCACUUGUGAUCGCAAGAAGGCUCAGUGGUAUUUGGACAAGGGGAUUGGAGAGCUAGUUAGCACAGAUCCUUUUGUUGUGAAGCUGCGGUUUGAGCCUUCAGGACGUCCUGAAUCUCAAGUUGAUUAUUAUCUGACAGUCAAGGAAAACCUCUGUGUUGUGUGUGGCAAGCGAGAAUCCUAUAUCCGGAAGAACGUUGUUCCUCACGAAUACCGAAGACACUUCCCCAUCCAGAUGAAGGACCACAACUCGCAUGACGUGCUCCUGCUCUGCACAUCUUGCCAUGCCAUCUCCAAUUACUAUGACAACCACCUCAAGCAGCAGCUGGCCCAGGAGUUCGGGGCUCCGAUCGGCUCCGAGGAAGGUGUGCGUCUCCUGGAGGACCCUCUGCGCAGGCAAGUGCGCUCGGGGGCGCGAGCCCUGCUGAAUGCAGACAGCCUGCCUGACCCCCGAAGGGCAGAGCUGCUGCAAAGCAUCAAGGACUUCUAUAACACAGACACAGUCACUCCAGAGAUGCUCCAGGCAGCAGCUGGUCUGGAAACCAGGAUCUGCAAUGAGAGCUACGUGCCACACGGGCUGAAGGUGGUGCAGUGUUGUGCUAAAGGAGGCCUGCGCUCUCUUAUGCAGCUGGAAAGACGCUGGCGGCAGCAUUUCUUGGACAGCAUGAAGCCCAAACACCUCCCAGAGCAAUGGUCAGUGGACCAUAAUCAUGUGAAGUUGAUCCAAAAAUAUGGGGAGGAUCUUCAGAUCAAGCUGUCAUGAAACUAACUUCCUGAACUCUGGAUACUGUCUAAUGGACAUCUGUAACUGAAGAUGGAAAGACAAUUUUUAUUUCUAUGUCUACACUAAUACCUGGGGCCUGGGUUUGCAAAAGGGCAGCAGUAGAUCUGCCAGAUUUUCCAGUUAGAGUUAAAUUUGACAGUUUAUAGAGUUAAAUCCCUUGACUUGAACUUUCAGGUUUGGAAGUUUAAUCCUAGUUUGUCACUUACUAGUUUGGUGCAAGAGUGAUAAGGGAACUUGUCUUCUCAAAGUGACUGUGAAGAAACAUUUUCUAGCCCCCAGGAUGUCUGAUGCCUUCAUAUCAUCUCUCAUAAUAAAGUGAGUCCAGAGAAAGGCAACAAAAGCACAAUAGAUGAAUGUUUCUAGAUGUUCUGACAUAUAUUUGUACCCUUGACUUUGCCUUGAGAGUCUUUUAUCUUGAGGGUCUUCUUGAUAAAAAUCUUUCUUUCUUUUCAGUGCAGUUGUACUUACAAGAGUUCUUCCUAGAGAAGACCUCCUGCCAGAGAGGGAUUCCUUGUUUGGAAGAAGUGAAGAAACCUUAUUUUUUGCAGAUUCUGAGCUGUCCCAGUGUUGCAGAUAGGCCUCAGCAAGUUUCCUGGUAGCAGGUGCCUGAUGAGAAGUGACACUCUGGCAGUAUGGAAAUACCCAUGCCAAGUCUUUUGUUAAACAGCUUCCAGUAACACAGAGUUUGUAAAAAUUGCUUUUUCUAAUCCUGCUUGUUUGUCAUGACUAGCGUGCUCAUGCCUGCAGGGCUGUUACAGAGAUGGGGUGGCAUAACUCCUGUGACUGGAGUGUUGGAAUGGAAGGAUGCAGGCUCUUCAGGAAGAGGAGGCACUGGAGGCAAGGAGGAGGUGUAACCUUCUGUGUCAAUGAUUGGUUGGAGUGCAUGGAGCUCCAUUUGGAGUGCAUGGAGCUCAGCCUAGGGAUGGAUGAGGAGUCCAUCAAGAACUUACAGGUCAGGAUUAAAGGGAGGGAAAACACAGGUGACAGAGGGGAUCUGCUACAGGUUGCCCAACCAGGAAGACUGAGAGGAUGAAGCCCUCUAUAGGUAAGAGCAACCUCGUGUUCACAAGGCCUAAUCUUCGUGGGGAACUGCAGCCACCCCAUAUCUGUUGGAGAGGCAACACAGGAGGGCAUAAGCAAUUCAGGAGGUUCCUGGAAUGCAUUGAUAACUUUUCCAGAAAGCCAACUGCAUCAUGGGCUGCAUCAAAAGAGGCAUGACCAGCAGGUCAAGAGAGGUAAUUCUUCCCCUCUAUUCUGCUCUUGUGAGACCCUUGGAGUACUGUGUCCAGCACUGUGGCCCCCAGAAUAAUAGAGGAAGUCCAAAGGAGGGCUACAAAGAUUAUUAGAAGGCUGAAGCACCUGUCCUAUGACUUCUUACAAGAGUGUGUAGUGAUAGAACAAGGAUUAGUGGAUUUAAACUCGAAGAGGCUAGGUUUAGAUUAGGUAUUGGGGAGAAAUUCUUUGCUGUGAAGGUGGUGAGGCAAUGGAAGAGGUUACCUGAGAAGCUGUGAGUGCCUCAUCCCUGGAAGUGUUCAAAGCAAGGUUGGAUGGAGGUAUGAGCAACCUGCUCUAGUGGAAGGUGGCCCAGUCCAUGGCAGGGAUGUUGGAACUGGAUGGUCUUUGGAGUCCCAACCCAAACCAUUCAGUGAUUCUUUGAAUACCACUUGGUGAGUACCUUUUCAUAUCAGAAUGAAAUAAGGACAGGUACCUCAAAAGGGAUGAGAGGAAACAAUUUAAAGACCAGAAGCUUUUAAGAGACCUGAUCACACGUGGCAAAAAAUGGAAAAACUGAUGUUUUGUACCUGGAUUUGACAUGUGCGGUGGUGAGCAGGUUAUACUCUCUUCAUGCCAGUUUCUCUGUCUCUAAAAUGAGACUAAUAAUACUUAACUAUCUCACAAAGGUGUUGUGAGUCUUAAAUAACUCAUGUUUUUGUAAAAUGCUUUGAAAAUAUGAGCUAGUGUGUGCUAAUUGGUGUUGCUGUUUUUUAAGAUGUGCUGCUAACUUCAUUAAAUAUUCAUGUUUUUUGUCUAGUGCUAGACCUUAGUUAAAGAUAACUUUUUAAAACUACACACUCCUUUCUGUAAAAUUCCUUUUGAUGAUUUUGAUUGCAUGAGAUGAGUGUGCUUCUACUGAAUGAUGAAGCUAUGCUCAACUUUUAUACGCCUCUGUAAAGAAGUUUCAGUAAAACCCUUAUCUUC